AUGAUUAAAAAUUUAAAUUACCUUAGGGAUAACAGCUACAUUAUUAUUAUAGAUUUAAUUAUAUGUAUUGUUGGUAGUUUAAUAUUAAUUAUUUUUUUAUUGGUAGGGGUUGCAUUUUUAACAUUAUUAGAGCGCAAGGUUUUAGGUUAUAUUCAAAUUCGUAAAGGCCCAAACAAAUUAGGAAUUGUUGGCCUUCCCCAACCUUUUAGAGAUGCUAUUAAAUUAUUUACUAAAGAGCAAAGUUAUCCUUUAUUAUCAAAUUAUUUAAUAUAUUAUUUUUCUCCUGUAUUUUCUUUAUUUAUAUCGUUAUUUAUUUGAAUAUGUAUACCUUAUUUCAUGAAAAUGUAUUCAUUUAAUUUGGGUUUAUUAUUUUUUUUAUGUUGUACAAGAUUAGGGGUAUAUACAAUUAUAAUUGCUGGUUGAUCUUCUAAUUCUAAUUAUUCAUUAUUAGGGGGUUUACGCUCAGUUGCUCAAACUAUUUCUUAUGAAGUAAGUUUAAGAUUGAUUCUAAUUUCUUUUAUUUUUUUUAUUAUAAGAUUUAAUAUAUAUUUAUUUACUAUUUAUCAAAAUAAUUUAUGAUUUAUAUUUAUUUGUUUUCCUUUAAUGUUAUGUUGAUUUUCUUCUUCUUUAGCUGAGACAAAUCGCACUCCCUUUGACUUUGCUGAAGGAGAAUCUGAAUUAGUAUCUGGAUUUAAUGUAGAAUAUAGAGCUGGGGGAUUUGCGUUAAUUUUUUUGGCAGAGUACUCUAGAAUUUUAUUUAUAAGAAUAUUAUUUGUUGUAUUAUUUUUAGGAAGAAAUCCUUUAUCUUUAAUAUUUUAUUUAAAAUUAGGUUUUAUUUCUUUUUUAUUUAUUUGAGUUCGAGGCUCUUUGCCACGAUUUCGCUAUGAUAAAUUAAUGUACUUAGCUUGAAAGAGUUAUUUACCUAUUUCUUUACAUUUUUUAUUUUUUUUUAUGUCUUUAAAGUUAAUAUUAAUAAUUUUAAUUAUUUAAUUAAUAUAAAGUAGUAAAUUAAAUUCAUAAAACUAAUAAUUUC